ACAUCGCCGUAGUUGCAUAUUUUAUUGGCUGAGUAUGCACAUCAACAUUUGAUUGGCCUCAUAUAUAUACCGGUAUAUAUUCAAAUUCUUCAAAUAUGAAUGGUGGCAUUGCUAUUCUAUUAUUAUAUAGAAAUAAGAUAUACACCAGUUAUAAGAAAACCGUCCAUUUUACUGAGUUUACUCUGAUUGGGCUAGUAAACGACAGGCGUAGGCGGAAUAGAAAUCAAGUCGAAAACACAAUAUUUUUCAGAAAUAUGGCAAUAUAUUGUCACAUCAAAGCAUACUUUAAUUAAAUAAAUAAAAAAUGAAAAAAAUAAAAACGUCAACAAAGCAUAGCCUAUGCUCAUUGGAUGCAGGUUCCAAUGUAAACUACAAAGUCAACCCUUUCGAAAUUUUCUCAGUUCACCCUUUUCAACACGGUUGCGAUUCGAAGCAAAUCAGUUUGUUGUAGAAAAAAACAUUCUUGGAUAUGCGUAUUAUAUAUUUUUGAGAUUAUAGGCUAUAUGCAUAAAUUAAUAGCAUUAUUUGAAGAGCUGCGCAUACAUGAAUAAUUACAGUAUAUAUAUCUAAAAAUUACAGCAGGGAUGAUUCGCAUAGUCGAAGUUUGCAUCUGCUAUACUGUUAAAUUGAAUAUACAUGCUUGGAUGUUUCCAACAAAAUCACGCUCUGACUGAAAUUUAUUCUAGGUAUCAUUGGUAACGGCGUGUAAACGGAAAUGUAUUUUGUAAAUAGAUACAUUGUAAUAGGCACUAUAUUUUAUGCACACCGCAUUAAGGGUUUGCAGUUGGGAUUCAAUUUAAAGGACAUGUCUGCAUUUAUCUUACGGUUUGAGACAGGCAUUCUGUUCCUUCUAAUUACUUUGGCGUUAUCAGAAUUAACUUUUGCGUCAAUCAACUAAAGAAAUUUUUGAAGGAUAGCAAUGAAGUAACCAAUUAGCGAACUGGCACGAGGACAAGUAUAGGUGCAUUUUGUCCACUGAACCGUCAUUUUGUACUCCCCAAUGAGUUUAAAAAUGAAGGUAUAGUGAAUCCGAUAAAUUGAGAAAACCAAAAGAGUUAAACGGCAAAACUACACAACAGUAAUUGUGCUUCAACCGGAAGUUUUCUUAAAUCAAGUUUAUAAAAGUUAAUAUAUAUUGUCAAAUAUACAAUAUAUAUGUUAUAUAUAUAGUUUAUUAGCCAGAUUAUAGUUUAUAUUUAUUUUUUUAUGACUGUUAUAUAUAGAAUUAUUUUGAAAUGUUAAUUCUAACCAUCAAAAAACUGUACAUAAAUUGGUAUCGUAGAUAUUUCCGACCACGCUGGAAGAUGUACAAAAUCAUAAAAAAGACUAUAUUCUUUAUACUCAUAUGUGGAUUCACUGUAAAGUUUUUGAUGGUUCCCACUGAAAAACACCAUCGCGAUGUGGCAUCGCAUAAUUUAACGUACCAUUACGAACUUGUGCGAAGGGCACGACAAAGAGCAGGCUGCAGACAACCUGAUUCAGCUGAAGGUUAUGUUGUUUGUGAUAGACUGCCGUACACGGAUAUAUCUUGUGGUGGAUGCAAAAAAGGAUGCCCAGUUGCGGACCCUUCUGGAAAACAUUAUUUAGUCCCGGACAUAGUACACUUCAUUUGGUUUGGACCUAAAUUCAAUGUAUCACAGUAUUAUCAAUACCUCGCACUCAGAUCUGUUGCAAGUAUUCAAAGACCGAGCGUCAUCAAAAUUCAUUAUAAUUCAGAUGUAUUCGAAGGAGGUAAGAUAUGGGGAAGAAUAAGACGUGAAAUUCCGUGCAUUGAAAUGGUAAAGAUGAGAGCUCCAGAUGAUGUAUUUGAAAAGCAGAUCGAUAAAGAUCUCUUCAAAUCGGAUGUUGCAAGACUUCAGAUUCUUAAAGAACAAGGUGGAAUAUAUCUUGACUUCGACGUCAUAACUUUGAAAUCUCUGGAUCCGAUUCGUAUUCACCAAUCAGCUGUUGGGCGAUCGAAAAGCGACAAAGCAAGCAACGGAAUUAUAUUCAGCGAGCAAGAUUCAACUUUUAUCAAUGUGUGGAUAAACAUGUACAAAUCCUAUGAUCCAGUCAAAAGAAGAAGUCUUGCAUUCUGGGGUCUUGUGGUUCCAUACAGCAUUUAUUUAGAAAACAAGGAAACGAAUAUUGUUCACAUGGACGAAAUUCUCUUUAAUCGUCCGAAUCCAUAUCUUGACGGCCUCGAUUCAACAACGAGCGCCCAUUUUUCUGUAGAAGACAAUUAUUUUCUUCACAUUCACCCAAAAGCUAUUCUAGAAACCGAAUAUGAUAUAAAGUUAGAUGAUUGGGACGACGAGAGACUUCGCACAUUUGAUUCGGUUUAUGGACAAGCGGCAAGGAUUGCAUUGUUUGGAUCGCCAGAUCUUGUUUAUCGCGAAGGAGAAUUCUAUCGUAAGCCUUAUCCAAAAAGGAAAGCAAAACCAUUAGCUAAAGACAACCCCCUUGGUCGAUGAAUACAGUAUAAGUACUUUUGUCGUGAACGCAAGUUUUCACAUAUUCUGAACCAGGGCAGUUCCAUGACCCAGCGUGGAAAAAGAGUUGUUAGAGUAAAAUGAUGUCAACAAAUUCGUGCUUUAAAAAAUACUCCAGGAAUCUGGUUUCUAAUUUCUAGUUAAACAGUCGGUAGAGACAGGUAAAUGGUCAUAUUCGUUGCAUGAACUUUUAAAGGCGGGGAAUUGGCUGCACACAGUCAAGAUUUCUCGUGGGGGCUAUUUUUUUCUUUACUGCGUUUCACAACAAUAAAUGCU